AUGCCGUCGUUAUUGGAUCUCCCCCUCGAGCUUCGGGAACUCAUCAUCGAGCUGGUUCUGAAGGACCAGCGCAUACCGCCCGCAGCACCAUCCCAAUCCAACCGAGGGAGUUUUCGUGACAUGGGGUACCGGGCAUGGCGCCAGAUCAUCUACUACGAGCGACGGCAAAGCCACUGUCCCUACAACGCGAGUGGCCUCAUCCGGACCAACCACCAGCUCUCAGAAGAGACUCUGGCAACCCUGGACCGCAUCUCAUCCUCUCCAUACGUUCUAGACGUAUCGGUCCUAAAUGAUGUCGGGCUCUACCCCACCUGGCUGUCUGUGCCGCGACUCACGCACCGUGUCUCGACGCUACAUGUCAACGUCCGUCUCUUUGGCCAUAUUCUCUCGCGCGACUCCGCGCGCUCUCAAGUUGGGGACGGUGGUCAUCUAGGAUUCCAAUGGAGCUUCUACGCCUUGCUGGAGCGGUUCAUCCGGUAUGGGCCCGUGGAUGGAAAGACAAGCCGAGAAGAAGAUCCCAUGUACAUCCACCGGGAUAUGACCGUGAAGACGCUAGUGCUCGACUUCCAGUCCGCAGAAUCAGGGCUCUUCUUUCCCCCGGAUGAAGUCGACUAUCGCUGGUGGUGGCGACGCAUCAUAGGAUGGAUCCUCUUCCUGGAACCGAGACUGGAGUCACUUUUGAGUUGUCUGAUUAUAGACCCGACCCGAAUGGUUCGCAAAAUACCUGUUAGAAUCCUCUACGAGCGGAUUGGAACUAUCAAGGUCCUCGUGAAUGGGGAGCCGAACGCGGAGAUUGAUCUCGCCGGUCCAUUGGCACGCCUGCACUUCACUGAUACGCGAGAUGUAUUAGGUUAUGCCUAUACGGAGAGCGAACUGGCAGCAUAUCGGGAGUGGAAGAAGGAGACCUUAGCACGCAGGGAACAGCUGGGAUUCCGGGUGGUGUGGCUGCAUGAUCCCGAAUUCGCGUAA